AUGGAAGACUCACAAAAGCUUGCACUCUUCCGUGAAUCCGGCAUAUACCACUUCAACGAUUCAAACACCGUUUUCAUCGAUCCCGUGCGCAUUCUAAAUCGUUCCUACAUCCGCCACACCGUUUCUCCAUCCACCUACUACCCCCGUUUCUUCCAAACCCUUACUUCCACCACCGUUCCUUCCUCUCCCACUAAACGGAAACGGAAAAAACGAAAACGGAGUCCCAAAGCAUUGAACGAGAGAGAACUAAUCGCAUUUCGACGCCAUCAGGAAUUGAGGCCUUUGUUGGUGAAGGCACAUGAGUGUUUGUUGAAAUCGAAUGAACUUUUGGAUGCUUUCAGAACUUUCAGAAGUGAAGGUGCUUCUUCUUAUUGCUUGAAAGAGAAAUGUGUGGGUGAUGAUGAACAAUGCUUCGUUGAAUUGGCACUGCAAUCGCCCCAACUUGUUCUUACGCUGAAUUUACGUGUCCCUGUUCCUGAAACUUAUAAGGAUUUGGAAGACUCCCCAAAUGUGCAAUACUGUGAGCAGAGGUCAAUACUUCCCGCAUUCAAUAAUUUGGUUGUAAAUGACACGGAGGAUGAUGCGGUGGCUGAGAUUUUGAACAAUCAUUACAUUAUGCCUCGAGAGAGCUGCUUUUACAUGUCAGAUCUGGGACAGAUUCGCAAUCUUAUUCCCGCUCAUGCUGAUUGUGGUUUCAACCUCAUAAUGGUGGAUCCACCUUGGGAAAAUGCCAGUGCUCAUCAGAAAUCAAGGUACCCAACCUUGCCCAAUAGGUACUUUUUAUCCCUUCCUAUUAAGCAACUAACUCACACUGAAGGUGCCCUUGUGGCAUUAUGGGUAACAAACAGAGAGAAGCUACGUAGUUUUGUUGAGAAAGAGCUUUUUGCUGCGUGGGGGGUCAGCUAUGCUGCAACUUUUCAUUGGCUGAAGGUGAAAGCAAAUGGAUCCUUGAUUAGUGAUUUAGAUCUUUUCCAUCAUAGGCCAUAUGAAAGUCUUAUUUUGGGAUACAGUCCUGGGAAGGUAAAACAUUCUGAUAACCGAUCUAAGUUUAAGCCUUUGAAGGAGGAUCAUGUGAUUAUGAGCAUUCCUGGGGAUUACUCAAGGAAACCUCCAAUUGCAGAUUUAUUACAGGAGUACAUUCCUGGGAUCAAGCCUCCCCGAUGUGUUGAGCUAUUUGCUAGAGAAAUUAUGGCUGGAUGGGUUGCUUGGGGAAAUGAGCCACUCCACUUUCAAAAUUCUAGAUAUUUUGUCAAAAAGAUGGAUAGCUGA